AUGGGAGUUCAGGAAAUGGUUGCUAUGUUCUUAAAUACGGUUGGUCAUGGAGUGGGUAAUAGGAUGAUACAAGAAAGGUUUCAACAUUCUGGAAAGACAAAAAAUCCCUUAUAUGGAAAAUUCAGAAAUAAAGGACUUCCUUUUAAAGAUGAGUUAACUAUAUUAUUUAAAGAUGUUAUGGCCGAUGGCAAAUUUGCUUGGGCUUCCUCAUCUGGGAUGUUACCAAGUAGCAUAGAAGAAGAUGGUGAUAGAUAUCGACCAUACUUUGAAGAAGGUCACGUUGAUAUAAAAGAAGAUUCUGGAGAUAGUGAAGAAGGUAUUGGUGCUAGUGUGGGAGUUAGUUCUGAAUUUCAACACAUAAAUCUUAGCUCUUCUCAAGAAAAUAAUAGUCAAAAGAGUACGGAAAAAAGAAAGCGAGAUGUGGUUUGUGAAACAACAAAAAAGAAGAAAAAUUUUAAAGUCUCUGUCUCAAAGCAAAUUGCAGAUGCAAUAAGUAGAAUUGCCUCUGCAUCUGAAUCACGCUCAACUAUUGUGUCCACAUUUCUAGUACCCGGUGCAUCUAUUGGGGAAGUAAUGGCUGAGAUUCAAAAGAUGAAAAUGAUCACUAGUAAUCCCGAUUUUCAUAGUCGUUGUUGUCAACUAAUGAUAUUUAAACCUGCUAGAGAAAUGUUUGUAUCUUUAAAAGGAUAUGAGCAAAGAUUGUUGGAUUGGCUCAAACAUGCAGCAUAUAAUCCACUACCAUUCAUGCAAAAUUAA